AUGGCAAGCGAAGUCACUGAGCACAAGUAUCAACUCAAUGUCAAGAUGACUUGUGGUGGUUGUUCUGGAGCUAUUACUCGUGUACUGACUAAAGCGCAGCAGGAAGGAUCAGUUUCAGGUUUUGAUGUGAACUUAGAUACCCAGCUCGUGAACGUUAGAGGUCCUAUCGAACAAGAUGCCCUGGUGGAGAAGAUUCGGAAGACGGGUAAGCAGAUUAUAUCCGUUACGUCUCUGGACAACUCGGAGGUCGAUGUGGGCGUUUGA